CAAAGCUUAUAAUGAAGAGCACUACACAAGCAGUGGCGCUAUGGGGUAAUCGGGCCCCUGCACACAGUAUCACAGCUAUGAUGAUAACAGAGGAUCAGAAGACCAUUGUCACUGGCAGUCUGGAGGGACAGAUAUGCCUUUGGCACUUAUCCAUGGAAAUAAAGAUUACUUCUAAAGCGAUUCUUUUUGGACACACUGCUGCUGUCACCUGCUUAGCAAAAGCAAGGGAUUUCGAAAAACAGCCAUAUGUUGUGAGUGCAGCCGAAAAUGGGGAGAUGUGUGUAUGGAACGUCACCACUGGUCACUGCAUUGAGAAUGUCAAGCUCCCAUAUAGGCACACAGCAAUCUGCUACUACCAUUGCUCAUUCCGAAUGACAGGGGAAGGCUGGCUGCUCUGCUGUGGUCACUAUCAAGAUGUCCUCAUUGUCGAUGCAAAGACCUUGCAAGUCCUUCAUAGUUUCAAGUCACAGUCUUCAGAUUGGAUUAGUUGCAUGUGCAUUGUUCACUCUACCAGGAUUCAAGAAGAUUCAUUGGUUGCAAUAUCAGCUGCUGGUGACCUAAAAGUCUAUAAAAUGUGCUGCAUUUCUUUUCUUUUGUUGCAAUAUUGUUGCCCAAAUUCCCUCAGUGGUUGUCACCAUUUCCUCACAGAAAAGCAAAAUGUAUAUGAAACUGAAUCCCAGUGCCUCGAGAUGGCCAACUACUGUUCCGUGCGCUUCUGCACAUACACAGAGCGGCUGCUGCUGGUGAUUUGUUCCACAUCUUGGAAGGUCUAUGAUUACUGUGAUUUCUCCCUGCUUUGCACUGAUGUUUGCAAGGACAGUUGUGGGUUUGCUGGAGGCGAGUUCCUGGCUACUAACAGACUUAUCAUCUGGACACAGGAUGGACACAGCUACAUCUACCAGCUGCUGAACAGUGGCCUUUCCAAAAGUUUAUGUCCAGGGGAAGAAGGAUUACUGAAAGAAGCAAUUACCCCUCACUUACUCUGCUCUACAAGUGUCAUGGAAAAGAGCUUUUCAUGUACAAUGGCUUUCAUUAACCAAAGGAAAGAGCCAUUUUAUAAAAUACUUUAUUCUGGCAAUUCGUCGGGUAGACUACAUUUCUGGCAUGUCCCUGAUGUACCAGUAUCACAAUUUGAUGGUUCACCAGUAGAGAUACCACUAAAGGUAACAAUAACUCUCCAAGAAAUGUUUGACAGGCAUAAAUCAAUGUCUGAAGGGAUCAUUGAUCACCUGUGUACUCCCAGUGAAGGCGUGACACUUGCUACGGUCACUGCAUCUCUGUAUAUUGCCAGCCUUGAUAAGCUAGUUUGUGGCUGUGAAGAUGGCAACAUUGUUAUCACAUUUGCAUUACAUGCUGCAAGGGCAAGACUCUUACGAGACCACCCACUUCUUAGAGGCUCAUUGCCACAUAAAAUAUUUGGAGGCCAUGACUGCAGCGUGACCAGCUUACUUUAUCCUCAUGCAUGUUCUGAGAAGUUUGAUCCAAGCUGGCUUAUUUCUGGUGAUCAGAAUUCAUCUAUAAUUUGGAGAGAUGUGUUCACAGGGGAAAUAUUCCACAAGUUCAUUUUACAGGCUGGUGCAAUUCUUAAACUGCUUGUCCCCCCAACUGACUACAAAGUAAAAUUGUUCCAGAGCAUCUAUUGUGUAUGCAGUGAUAAUUCAGUGGCACUUCUGAAUCUGCAGGAGCGAGUAUGUUUUUUCCAUGCUAGAAAACAUCUAUUUCCAGUGAAGACUAUGAAAUGGCACCCUGUGGAAGAAGCGUUGGUUGUCGGUUGUGAAGAUGGUUCUGUUUAUGUUUGGGAGAUCGAAACGGGCACUUUGGAACGUCAUGAAACAGGAGAGCUAGCAAAAGCAAUUCUUACUGCAUGUGAAGAUUUUACCAUUGAAAUGACAGAUUCCCUAGUAAACACUUCGCAGGAGACACAAAGAAACACUAGGACAACUUUCAAGACAUCAAACUCAUACAAACUUGGAAACCUGUCCCAUAAUCUGAUCCAUCCAGAAAAGUCAACAAACAAAAUUGUGGACUCCAGCUACUCUCCCAACCCAUUCACUGUUCUGCCAGUGAGGUCUAAAUAUAACGUCAGUCUCCACCUGCUCUUAUUUGACUUGGAACAUGUUUUCGAGCUUUUACAGUCUUCUCAAACCAGUGACCUGAAGUCAGCAAACUCUUUCCACAGCUAUGAUGCGCUGAAAACAGCAAAAAGUUCCUCAGAAAAAAGACCGCUGACUCUUAAAAGAAAUAAAACAGCUGGGUCAUUGUAUCAGAUGGAUGGGCCAGCUUCAGAAAUUAUUGUCCAGGAAAUCUUCACCCGACCUUUAGAAGAAAUUGGUGGCAUAAAAAGACAUAAGAAAUUUAAAAGCACUAAAAAGAACAAGGCCCAGAUGUCCGGAAAAAUAGAUGUAAAUAUGGUUACCGAUGCUGCAAAACUUCUACUUUCCUGCCUUUUGCCUUGGGGUAUAGAUAAGGAACUGGACAACUUUUGUGUUAAACACUUGGAAAUCCUAAAGCUGCAAGGAUCAAUCACAUUUGGACUCCUAUCAGAUGUGGAUCAUUUAUGUUUAAUGUUACCUGGUUGGAAUCAAAUAAACUAUGAUACUACUGGAGAUUUUUCACAUAAUCUACUGUCAAAGAAGGUGAUUGAACUUUCAGCAAAAUACUCCCUAGUGGCACAAAAACAAAAAAAAAAGAAAACUCAACAUGAGAACCACAUUUCAACCAUGAUAGGCUUGGACACCCUAUUACAUUUUCUGAAGAAGCUUUUAUGUGUCAGUAAAACUCUACAGACGGAUGGCUCAAAAUGUAAUCAGUCUGGCAGCAUGGAAAAGAUGGAGUCUUUACGUGGCAAAUGGAAAAGUUCUGAACAUUUCACUUCAUCAUUUCCUGCAUUUACAGCAGAUAUACUGAAUGAUAAGAAUGGGUCUAGUUCCACUGAUUCAGAAAACAUUGCAUUAAUUAAAAUACUAUCUACUUGGAAAGAUCAAGCAAUACAAGUAACAGAAGCAAUGCAAGCAGUUUUACUGGCUGAAAUCAGAAGAUGGAUGGAAACAUUGGGACAAACAGUUAUAACAAGUCAACCAGUCUGUACAGUAGAUUAUGGGCAGUCGCAACUACCUUUACAAUAUGAGCCCUAUCAAAAUUCUGAGCAAGUGUUUAACAAUUCUCCCAUGCAAACACCUGAGAUUUUGCCAAAAAGUGAAAAGACUGUCAACUUCCAAGAGCCAGAGUCAAUUCAAGAGAAGAAUGUAUUGGAGGAGUCAGACAGUCCAGAUGACAUGAAACAGAAUCCCUGGAUGUCCAAAGUGUGCUAUUGUAAAGUAUGUUGAAGAUAAUGUCUUCCUGAUCUGCAUACAGUAAAUGUGUAUUAUAUAUGACAAAAUGCUGAUUAUCUGGACUGGAU